AUGGCGGACAGAUAUUCGUUCUCGCUCACGACUUUCUCACCCAGCGGCAAGCUGGUUCAAAUAGAAUAUGCCCUCAAUGCAGUCAACCAAGGUGUUACGUCGUUAGGCAUAAAAGCGACGAAUGGGAUCGUCCUUGCAACGGAGAAGAAAUCCUCAUCCCCUCUGAUCGACCCGCCUUCGCUCUCGAAAGUCUCGCUCAUCACACCCAACAUCGGCAUGGUCUAUAGCGGCAUGGGUCCCGACUACAGAGUCCUUGUCGACAAGGCCCGUAAGGUCUCACACACAAACUACAAGCGCAUCUACAACGAGUAUCCUCCGACGCGGAUAUUGGUGCAGGAUGUGGCAAGAGUGAUGCAAGAAGCGACACAGUCUGGCGGUGUGAGACCGUACGGCGUGAGUUUGCUGAUCGCAGGAUGGGACGACGGCAUCGAGCCGGAGACCAAGGAAGCGAAAGAAGGCGAGACCGAGGCAGAGGCCAAGUUGGCGAGCAGGAAAACUGGCGGCAUUCUGAAGGGCGGUCCCAGCUUAUACCAGGUCGAUCCCAGCGGGAGUUACUUUCCCUGGAAGGCCACGGCCAUCGGCAAGAGCGCGACAAGCGCAAAGACGUUCCUGGAGAAGCGAUACAACGACUCGCUAGAGCUGGAGGACGCUAUCCAUAUUGCCUUAUUGACGCUCAAGGAGACGAUCGAAGGAGAAAUGAACGGCGACACCGUCGAGAUUGGUAUCGUGGGCGAACCCGCAAACCACCUGCUCGGCUACGAGGGUGUCGAAGGAGCAGUGGGUCCCCGGUUCCGGAAGCUCACCAAAGACGAGAUAGAGGACUACUUGACGAAUCUGUAA